CUGGAAGGCCCAGCUUGGAAUUACCUGUCCCAGAGCAAGAGUUGAUGGAGCUGGGCCACCGAGCAGGUACAAACCCUCUGACCGGGGCCCCCCUGAAAAACAAGGAGGGCCAGCAGGACACAGACCCCUGGAAGACUGCCCACAGCUCCUUGGAUGCCUCCAAGUUCAAGCACCAGGUCCCGCUCUCCUCACAGAAGUCCCCACCCCGGGGAAGCAGCAGCCAAGGCAGCUCCCUGGGGCAGAGUCACUCGGAGAGGAUCCACACCCCACCCCCAAGCGUUGUCAGCACGGAUUCUCUGGGGAAGGACCCACAGCCAGGGCCCCUGCAGAAGGGGAGCUCCAGAUCCUCCAUGAGAGAGAAUAGGACCACCUUCCAAGGGGGGGCUCAGCCAUGCCAGGGGUCAGAUAAAGGCCCCGAUGUGGGAGCCCAGGACCAGAGGAGCAUGCCUGCGAGCCAAAAAGACACUAUCAUUCCCAACAAUAUUCGUCACAAGUUUGGGAGCAACGUGGUGGACCAGCUGGUUUCCGAGGAGCAGGCUCGAAACAUUGUCGGUGACGUCCUUGAGGGACAGAAGUCUUCAAGGGCAAGCUCAUGGCCCAGCAGGACCCAGAGUCCUGCAGAAAUCUCCUCCUUCUUCUCAGACUACUAUGAUCUGGGCUACAACAUGCGGUCAAACUUGUUUCAAGGGGCCCCCGAGGAGACAAAAAGCCUCAUGAAGUCUUCAUAUACACCAGAAGUGAUUGAGAAAUCAGUGAGGGACAUAGAACACUGGCAUGGCAGGAAGACGGAUGAUUUGGGACGGUGGCACCAGAAAAAUGCCAUGAACAUGAACUUGCAGAAAGCACUGGAAGAGAGACUUGGAGAGAAGAACAAAUCCAAAAAUUCAAAAUACUAG